AUGGAAUUGGAUACGGAGUAUAAUUCUGCGAGCUCAGAGGAAGAACCUAUUCUGCACGCUUCCCCACCCAUUUUAUCUGAUAUCCAUGUUUUUCAACGUGCUGCCAGCUUCCACCACAGUGAGAUGUCCCUUGCUCCCACUACACUAAGCAGGAUUGAAUUUGAUAGAGAUGAGGAUUAUGAGGAAAGUAUAUCGGUGGCUGCUAGUCCUGACAAUUUCGAGGAGAGCAGUUCUCAAGCUCCUGACACCAUUAUUUUCCAUACUUGUAUGUCCAGAACUACAACCUCUUAUAUGUGGGCAGAAGAUGAUACUAUACAUGGUAUCCGGAUCAGUUUUGGGGAAAAUAGGUAA